AUGUGGAAAUUAAUUCGAGGUAUUGAUUUCUCAGCAAUUGUUUGCGGACAAGGAUUGUCAAUACUCAACACAUUUACAGGGGUUUUUUCGAAGCUUUUACUUAAUUUAGGCUUAGAUACUCCUUUAUUUCAGCUAUUAUGAACCUAUUUCUUAAUCUACACAACUUUUCAAAUUUUUUUCCUAAUCAGCAAGCAAAAAUUCCCAUGACGCCACGGCUGAAAAUACGCAAUCGCCUCAAUUACAGAUUCCCAAGCUAAUUUCUUAACUGUUUUAGCUUAUCAAAAAACCAGCGUCGUAAGUGUCCUUACAUUAGUAAACACUUCAUUGAUAUUUGUGAUGAUUUUAUCAUACUUUUUUUUAAAGCAUCGGUAUAAUAAAUACCAGUACUCAGGAGCUGCAAUUGCUCUGUGUGGGGUCUGUGUGAUAAUUAUUUCAGAUCUUAGGGAUAAUAACUGGCUAUGGGGAGGGACGAUUGAAGGUGACAUUUAUGUUUUGAUAGGGUCUAUGCUAUAUGCGGUGUAAUUUUAAUGUAGGACAAAUGUAUAUGUGGAAUAUUUGAUGAAGAAUGAGCAUGGACCUCAAGAAUAUUUGGUAGUUUUAGGAGGAUGUGGCAGCAUUAUAAUGCUUGUUGAGUCGAUUUGUUUAGAAAUAGACAAAAUACGAAGUAUUGAUGGAGUUUACCAAGGUAAAUUAUAUCUAGUUCUUUGCUAUAUGGGAUUCUCUUUUACCAUGCUGAUGAUAUAUUCAUGCACGCCUUAUUAUUUUGAAAGAUAUGGUGCUGCUAUGUUUAAUUUGUCACUUUUGACAGCAAUGGUUUAUGGGCUACUUUUUGGAAUCAUGAUUUUUGGAGAGUCAAUGUCCUGACUCUAUUUAAUUGGCUAUUUUUUUGUGAUGACAGGAAUUUUUGUAUAUAGCCUCCCUAAAAAGAAUACAAAUAAUGAAGGGAAUGACACAAUCCUCACUGCUUUGUCUUCUGCGAGCAAAGAUGAAGCGAACUUGUGGAAGUUCACAUAA